UGCACAGUAAGCGAUACACUAGAUUUCUUUUGUGAGAACGAGGUGAACAUUUCCGACGGGCACCCUCCCAUUUCUUUCAUGUAUUGCAAAAAUCGCAUGGCAAGUCUGGGUACAAGACACAUUUACUGGCCCAUUCAUUUUGAGAUUUUGACGUUGACAAUGAAUGCUCCGCCAACUUUCGAGGCUUUUAUUCUCUACGAAGGUGAUAAGAACAAUGGCAGGCAACAAACCACCGCGCAUUCAACUCAUCAUUAACGCAGAUGACUUUGGGCAUUGUGAUGGGAGGAAUCACGGCAUAGUGGAGUGCUACCGCGCUGGGCUGAUCAGCAGUGCUACGCUGAUGAUCAAUGCCAGGGAGGCAACGGCAGCUAUCAGGCAAGCUGAGGAGUACUGCAUCCCACUUGGUCUUCAUCUGAACCUCACUGAAGGAUAUGUAACCAAGAGAGGGCGCUGUGGCAGUUUACUGGACAGCACCUCAGGAGUCCUCCGAGGGAAGUUUGGCUUUCGGGAGGCUCUUGCAUCCGGAACUAUAAAAGAGGAGGAGCUCAGGGAAGAGAUUGAGGCCCAGUUUCGUCGUUUUCAGGAAUUGACGGGCCACCCACCAACCCAUGUUGAUGGGCAUCAGCAUGUACAUGUCUUGCCAGGUGUUCGUGAGAUACUGGCAGACAUUGCCAAGCAGUUUGGGGUCCAUGCAGUCAGGAUACCCAUUCAGCAUGGCUUGGAGGAGUGUCACUGGCUGACCCCGGCAAGUCAAACAUUCUUCCGUGAUGUCAUCAAAGAGUCUACAGAGGCCAGGGAUUUGUUCACCAAGAAUGGCUUGAGAACCACCGAUGGAUUCUUCGGUCUUACCACCAUGGGUUCCAACAUGACCCUGCCUACCUUAAAAUCAGCUCUGGAGACAGCCCUCCACAGCGCCACCAAGAGUCCACACUCUGACCCAGCCUCACCUCUGACCCUUGAACUCAUGGUGCACCCGGGCUACCCCUGUCAGCCAGGCUGCGGGGUGGAUGGAGAGGACUUCUACUGCUUGGAGGACCGGGCACACGAAAUGCGGGUCCUCGGAGAGCCGGGAUGGAAGGAGGUGAUGACACAGGCAGGGGUGAAACUCUGCUCCUUUGAAAGCAUCAAGUAGGGACUGAUGCAAAGUCUAGAAUGAAAUAAAAAGAGAAAGUAAGGUGGCAUCCAAAUUACAUGUACAUGGCUAUGGCUUGUGAUUACACACACGCUUAUGUAAGCCGCUGAAGCAAUGAUCUCUAUGAAAAAUAUCUCGAUAGCUCAUUGGCCAUUCCUAGCUGUACAAAAAUGUGAAGCUACACACUGGUUCCCGAUCCCUCCAUUCAAAUGUGGGGAGGGAACCAGUCUCAAACCACUCCCAUUGCUCAAAUAAUUGAAAUAUAGUCGUCUAAAAGUAUUUAAAAAAAAAAAAAAAAAAACUCGAAAUUGAAAUUGUGUAGAAUAUGUAAAAUAUAUUUCGUCGCCAUUUUACAUGUUAUUCGUUUGAGUAACAAGCGCACAUGCCAAUUAAAUUAGACAUCUUUCUUUACAAGUCUAUUGUUCUUGGGAUAGUAAUAUGGCGGACGGUAUGGAGAUUAGUGCGCUAAACUUCUGAAGCCACAUCCCACCGACGUGUGGGCAUAAAUAUCCAAGAUGCUAUAAACGACCAUCCAUGAAAAUCUGCAAUUUUUGAUACAAAAAGGCAGGUAGCCAAAAGCCAGCAGCCAUUUUGAAAAACAAUCCAAGUGGAACUUUUUAAGGGCCUCCUCUCUUUAAUUAAAGCAUUUUUUUCGGAGGAAAAAAAUUCACAUAUAUUUAUCUCCAAACUACUCACCCAACUAAAAUGGAAUAAUGUUCAAAAAGUAAAAGGGCCUGAUGUUUGGACUCCAAACUUUUCUCAGUUCUUGGUUGAGAGCUGUUAGGUAUUUUGUUCAACCGACAAUUUUUAUAAAAGUAAAAUUACAAGUAUGUUAUUUUAAUUAUCUUGCAAAGAUAAUUGCUAUUGCUUAUUCUGAUGAAUAAGUAAAUUUGAAAAAUGUUAAAUAUUUUUAAAUAAAACUGUAAUUAUAAAUGUUAUCUCUUGAUGAAUGGUGCAAAGAAGGGAAUUCAAAAUAACAUUCUUUACUAAGUUUUUAACUGCUUAAAGGGAAGAUACAACAUUUGCAAACACCAAAAAACGAAAUGAUCAAAUUAUCACGAAAUACCUUCUUGGAUUGUUAGGGAAUGACAGUCUAAAGCAUCCUGUAAAAUCGUGGC